AGUUGUCUUGAACGUGUUCAAUACGUUGUGUGAUGACGCGACGGUGCUACGUGUCUAGGAAGUAAUCCAGUCAACAUGGCGACGCAACAAGGAGAUAUUGAUGAACUCUUCGAUGUGAAAAAUGCUUAUUACAUUGGCAGUUAUCAACAAUGUAUCAAUGAAGCUCAGAAGGUUAAGCCAACAACACCUGAAAAGGAGGUUGAGAGAGACAUGUUUCUGUACAGAGCCUAUAUUGCCCAGAGGAAGUAUGCUGUGGUGAUGGAUGACAUCAAGGCCAGCUCCUCACCAGAACUCCAGGCUGUCAAGAUGUUUGCUGAAUAUCGCGCCAACGAGGGCAAAAGGGAUGCCAUUGUGGCUGAACUUGACAAGAAAAUGAGCAAGAAUGUAGAUGUGGCCAACACAACCUUCCUGCUCAUGGCUGCGUCCAUUUACUACCAUGAGAUGAACUCGGAUGCUGCCUUGAGGACCCUGCACCAGGGAGAAAGUCUGGAGUGCAUGGCAAUGACCAUUCAGGUGCUGCUGAGUUUAGACCGUGUUGAUUUGGCAAGGAAAGAGCUGAAGAAGAUGCAGGAGCAGGACGAGGAUGCCACACUGACCCAACUGUCCACGGCCUGGGUCAACAUCGCUGUUGGAGGAGAGAAGCUGCAGGAUGCUUACUACAUCUUCCAGGAGAUGUCGGAUAAGUACUCCCCCACUUUGCUUCUGCUGAAUGGCCAGGCUGCCUGCCAUAUGGCCCAGAACAAGUGGGAGGAGGCAGAGGGGGUUCUCCAGGAGGCACUAGACAAGGACAGCAGCCACCCUGAGACUUUGAUCAACCUGAUUGUGCUGACCCAGCACUUAGGCAAAGCUCCUGAGGUAACCAACAGGUAUCUCUCUCAACUGAAAGAUGCCCAUAGAGCUCACCCCUUCCUUAAAGACUACCUGACCAAGGAGAAUGAAUUUGACAGACUGACGAUGCAGUAUGCUCCCACUGCAACUGCUUGAGACAAUGGAGACAUCUGUUUGGACCCCAAAACAUUAUUAAUACUGGACACAACUGCUUUCUCCAUAUCUUUUUGUCUAUCAAUAUGGGAAACGCUAAACUGUAUAGAUUAAAAUUGACAUGCACAUUUAGAAAGUUGAAUAAUAAAAAGAUUGAAUAAUAUUACCGUACAUAUUUUCUUUAUACUCACACGUACAGGUAUUUGUAGUACAUGAAAUGUCCCUUCUGAUAAUGUCUCUUUGAUGUUUGUAACAUCUGCAUUUCUCUCAUUGAGAAAUGCUUCCAGUCACUCUGUUUCCUUUUAGCAUUCCUCUAAAAUGUACAAUAAAUGUUUUAUGACCCGG